AUGGAAAAAAGUGUCAAUCAAUUUAAAUAUACACUUUUGGGUUAAUAUUUUAUCAAAUAUCAAUUUUAUGGAAAAAAAUAUCAAUAAAUCAAUUAAUUCAUACAUUUUUGGAUAAAUUCUGAUUACUGUAGUGAUUAUAUUGUUAUCUUUUAAUACACCUACUUUACCUAAAUCACUCAAUUACCGUAAUUUUUUGUUUUUAAGUUUUUCCUUUGUAAAUUGAAAAAAAUAAAGACUUUUGUACACUUUUUAAUAGAUUGA